AUGGUCUCGCUGUUCGGGCUGCCCGAGCGGAUGAUGUCAAACCGGGACAAGCUGUUCACGUCGCGCUUCUGUCACACGCUGCACUUGUGGCUUGGUGUCAAGUUACAGAUGUCGACGGCCUUCCACCCGGAGACGGGCGGGAGCCGCGAGCGGAUGAACAAGACGGCCGUCCAGUGGAACAUGAAGUUCAAGGAGGUGCAAAAGACACUUGCAGUCUCGAAGGUCAGACAGGCGGAACAGGCGAACAAGCGGAGGUCGGACGAGGAGAGUCAGGAGACCUUCGCAAAAGGCGAUCUCGUCCUCGUUGAUUUGCGGGACAGGAGGAUGCACUACAAGUCUAAGCAUGGUGACGAACAAGCUGCAAAGCUCUUCCCACGGUGGGACAGACUGUUCAAGGUUGUCGAGGUCUUUCCCGACACUUCGACUUAUCGUCUCCAGCUCACGCACGUCGACAAGUCGCACCCGGCCUUCCACAUCUCAAAGGUCAAAUGCUACAACCCCAACGACACCAACAAUUUCCCGUCCCGCGAACCGCCACGACCCGGACCCAUCGACGUCGACGGCGAGGAGGAAUACGAGGUCAAGGCGAUUGUCGAUGAGAAGGGCAAGGGCCGCGGGCUGCCUAUUUGGUCAAGUGGCGCGGCUACCCGGACGCGUACAAUGGAAGGGAACCGCUGGAGAACUUGA